UCUUCCCAGCCCCUGUACCACCGCCCUUCAAAUGCAGUCUCUGAAUCACUCCCAAAAUUUUGUGUCACCCCCAGCUCCUAUAAGUACCCUCUCUCCACUUCGACACACUUGGCAGCAAGACACUGAGUUCCCACUUCCCUGCAGGUUCAGGCGAGAGAGAGAGAGAGAGAGCUUGAGCUAGAGAGAGAACCAUGGGGAGAAGCCCUUGCUGCUCCAAGGAGGGCUUGAACAGGGGCGCCUGGACUGCCCACGAAGACAAAAUCCUCCGUGACUACAUUUCCGUCCACGGCGAAGGACGGUGGCGAAACCUCCCCAAACGAGCUGGUUUGAAGAGGUGCGGGAAGAGUUGCAGGCUCCGGUGGCUCAACUAUCUCAGACCAGAUAUCAAGAGAGGCAAUAUAACUCCUGAUGAAGAAGAGCUUAUCAUCCGCCUUCACAAGCUCUUGGGAAACAGAUGGUCUUUGAUAGCGGGCAGGCUUCCAGGGCGAACAGACAAUGAAAUAAAGAAUUACUGGAACACUAAUUUGGGUAAGAAAGUGAAGGAUCCUCGUCACCACAACAAUGUUGCUUCCUCUGGGAGGCUCUCUGCUCGGCCUAAGACACACAGAACUUCCAAGAACAAUAAUAAUAGUAAUAGUAAUAAUAAUAAUCCUGCAAAUCUCAGACCCAAAACACCCUCCGUGCCUUCUCAGGAUUGCAAGCUCAACGAGUCCCUCUCCAGUGUUGUUGUCCGUGCGAAAGCCACCAAGUGCUCUAAGGUCAUCAUCACCCCACGUCCUUGUUCGAGGCAAUUCUUGCAAAAGACCGGGUCUGAAGCAGAGUCAUGUUCGCCGGCGGAUGUUGCGGCGGCCUACUGUUACCAGACGCCGGAAGUUGUCACCGCCCGCGAGAACAACGCGUCGCUGUCGUUCGGAGCUGGGAAGCAUCAUCAUCAUCAUCAAGAGCCGUCGUCCACAGAUUUGCUGGUGGAUUUCAACGUGGGGGAGAUCUGCUUGUCGGAACUCCUGAACUCGGAUUUCUCGGAUAUGUGCGACUUCAGUAACAACAGCGUCGACGGCUUAUCCCCGACGUCGGACCAGCCCUUCGUGUUCUCCGAUGAAAUCCUGAAGGACUGGACGCAGCAGGGCAACGUGGAGGAGACGAAUGCGGCCAAUAAUCUUCACUCCUUCACAUCGUUCCUUGAAUCCAGUGACGGAUGGCUGGCGGAGUAAUUAAUUAACCCCGAGUGAUGAAGAUUAAUAUUUACUGAUAAGUUAGUUAAUUUAGCAGUGCUGGGUGUUGUAGGUUUGAUGAGAUGAAUUAACGCAUGGGUCAGUCAGACUCAGAGAAGCUUAACUGUGUAUAUCAAGGACUUGUACUGGGUCUGAGUUGUGAAAAUAUUUAUAUAAAACGUAGUUGGUAGUUUGGUGGUAACAUUAUUAAUAA